CUCAUAGCCAACUAGAAACCCUAAUCCCCCCUCUCUCUCUCUCUCUCGUUCACGUUCGAACUCCGCCACUUCGUCGGACGGCCACAGCAGCUCCGGAGGUCAGAUCCAACGGACAAAGAAUCAAAACAUCGUCAUUUUAGUUUCACUGUGCAUUGCGAGAUGCAGCAAUGCCGAUCGGCGAAAAUGGUCUGGUGGUGAAUCCUGUACCUUUACUAAAACGGCGCCGUUUUCGCCAGACUUAUAUUAGCUUUUGACUGGUUCUCGGUUUUCCGACUCUCUUUCUGAUUCCGUGGAUUCAAAACGGCGCCGUUUUACAUUGCCUCUGAUGCUAGGGUUUAGAACUGCUCAUUGAGCAGUGAGCUGUUUGACCCGAAUGGACCAGUAUGAAAAAGUUGAGAAGAUUGGUGAAGGAACCUAUGGUGUGGUUUAUAAGGCUCGUGAUCGUGUGACUAAUGAGACUAUAGCCUUGAAGAAGAUCCGCUUGGAGCAGGAAGAUGAAGGAGUACCAAGCACUGCUAUCAGAGAGAUUUCCCUCUUGAAAGAGAUGCAACAUGGUAACAUUGUCAGGCUACAGGAUGUAGUGCACAGUGAGAAGCGGUUAUAUCUAGUUUUUGAGUAUCUGGACUUGGAUCUGAAGAAGCACAUGGAUUCAUCUCCGGAUUUUGCCAAAGAUUUACGUCGGAUAAAGAUGUUCCUGCAUCAGAUUCUCCGUGGUAUUGCUUAUUGUCAUUCUCAUAGGGUUCUUCAUCGAGAUUUGAAGCCCCAGAACUUACUCAUAGAUCGUCGUACCAAUGCAUUAAAGCUGGCAGACUUUGGAUUGGCAAGAGCAUUUGGUAUUCCUGUUAGGACAUUUACACAUGAGGUGGUGACCCUGUGGUACAGAGCACCCGAAAUACUGCUUGGAUCACGCCACUAUUCUACUCCUGUUGAUGUGUGGUCUGUGGGCUGUAUAUUUGCUGAGAUGGUGAACCAGCGACCAUUGUUUCCUGGGGACUCAGAGAUUGAUGAAUUGUUCAAGAUCUUCAGGGUAUUGGGCACACCAAAUGAGGAUACAUGGCCAGGAGUGACUUCUUUGCCUGAUUUUAAGUCUGCCUUUCCUAAGUGGCCUCCUAAGGAUCUUGCAACUGUUGUCCCAAAUCUCGAAUCAGCUGGCAUUGAUCUCCUUUCUAAAAUGCUGUGCCUGGAUCCCAGCAGAAGAAUAACUGCCAGGAGUGCUCUUGAGCAUGAGUACUUCAAAGAUAUUGGGUUUGUGCCCUGAUUGCAUGUGUAUCCAUCUUGUAUGGCUGUCUAUAUCGAUGUGUAGCAUUCUAUGUUUUGAUUGUGUGAGAAAAGUGUUGCACUACAAUCGUUCUUUUUCUUUCUAUUAUUCCCCAUGAACUAAAUUGAAAUUUACAUUGAACCGUUUCUUGGCAUAGUCUGCCUGGGAAUUUGUCUAGGGUGUUGUUAUUGUUUCAUUAUCCUUUUCCAUGUCUCAAGAGCUAUACAUAAGUGGCAUUUUUUUCCCUUCUAAAUUUGCUUGUAACUGAACUAUUCUGCUCCCUGAAAAACAUACCAAAUGAAGAAACUUGGGUUUGCCUUUUAUAUAUGUAGAGAGAUAAGUUGUAAUGAA